AUGGCGACGUCACGCGAGGCAGUAUGCGAUACGACAAUUCAGGGUCAGGUGGUGCCCAAAGGCACGUACAUCGUCAUAUCACCUUGGGGCACCAACGUGGACCGCUCGCUAUGGGGACAUGAUGCGGGCGAAUUCAGCCCAGAGCGGUGGCUUUCACCCACGACCGCAGCCGGGAGCUCCGACACGGCCACGGCCACGACGGGGAGCGGCGGCGCGAAGAGCAACUACGCUUUUCUGACCUUCUUGCAUGGGCCGCGGAGCUGCAUCGGCGCCGACUUUGCGCGUGCUGAGCUGGCGUGUCUGCUGGCGGCGUGA